AUGGCAAAACACCUGAAGUUCAUUGCCAGGACUGUGAUGGUACAGGAAGGGAACGUGGAAGGUACAUACAGGACCCUGAACAGAAUCCUCAGCAUAGAUGGGCUCACUGAGGACAUUAAACGACGAAGACACUAUGAGAAACCUUGCCGCAAACGACAGCGGGAAAGUUAUGAAAACUGCUGGUGGAUCUACAAGACGGAAAUGGCUCGAAAGAUCAACUUUUUGAUGCAAAAGAAUUGGGCAGAUCCAUGGCAGGGCUGCUGA